AACCUCUGAUGGGAACAUAACAAAUGACCAUUGUUUAGAGAUUAUUUUGUAGCAUUUUUGUUAAAAACUGGCCGUUAUUUAGAGGUGACCGUUGUUUGGAGGUUUUGAGUAUAAUAAUUAGGUAGCAAUUUUGAUGCAGUGUACAGUAUCAAAUCGGAUGCACAACAUUCCGUGUACGUGUGGGGGGACACGCAUUGUUAAACUACUCAAAUCAAUACCAGAAAUGCUUAAUUUUAUAAUAGAAACUAAUAGCGAAUUUUGAAGAAUGAACAAUUCCAUAGGAAUUGUACGGUUUCAAAUGGAAGAAGAAUCAAACAAGACCGGGAGAGAUUAUUUAAACGAGAACAUCGACAGAUUAAAAGAAAUUUCGUUUUUAACUCGAAUUACAAAAUUAUGGGGUUUGAACGUCGACUCGGAGAAGAAAACAUCUAUUUACGGAAUAUUUAUUAUGAUAAUUGUUUAUAUAUUAGUAAUUCUAUCUUUCCUUCACGCCAUGCAUUUCGCUUUUCUAAAGUAUGAUACUGUAUACAAGGCAACGUUAUUUGUAAAAGUCUUGGGGCAGAUCCUACUCAUUUUAAAUUACCACCAUUUUAAUCGGAAUAAAAUUGAGAUAAGAAAUAUAUUGGCCAAAUUGCCCGAUACGUACGGCCGAAAUGUUAACUACAAGUCAAAUAAGAAGCCUAUUUUAAUUCGAGUUAUUAUAGUGACUUUCUAUGGAAUAUUACUUUAUUUAAUUUCUCUCUGGUUCAUUUUCGAUAGCGAUCGAAGAUUAAUUUUCGAUAGAUUUAAUUUUAAUGAAUACUUUUAUUUUAAUAAUAAAUAUUCAAUUGUAUUUGCCGCCAUUUUUGAUUUUUGUAUGAUUGUAUUUAUCGAGAUACCAUUUGUUUUAUUUUUCCUCUUUUAUUCCACCAUAUGUCGCAUUUUAAGGAAUGAUAUGAGGGCUUACAAAAAGCUUUUCGUUAUGUCUCAUUCAGAAAUCAAAAAUCUUUUUGAAUUAUAUAAUAAACUGUGUAACAUUUUCAACGAAUUCGAUGCUAUAUAUUCCAAUACGGUUUUCUGGUGGAUGUCUAUCAUCAUUUUACAAGGGAUCUUCUAUGGAAGCGUUGGAAUUCGGAUGUUCAUCGUUAACAACGAUUACAGUUGGGGUUUAUAUUUUUCUGCGUUGAUAUUUUUUCUUAUUGUCAAUUUUGUUGAUAUGAGUUAUGCAGCUGCAUCCAUUCCACUCGAAGCCAGUGAUAUAACUGCGUGUUUAUCCCAGAAAAUGGUGUCCGAGUGUCCACUCACUUCACGUUAUGCUACUGCCAUGUAUUUAAAAAAUACAUGGCAGCCUCCCCAGUUAACUGUUGGAAAAACUGUGAGUUUUAAUCUCAGUUUUAUAUAUAGUGUUUUUAGUACAAUAAUAACAUAUUUUGUGAUUGUGGUGCAAUUGUAGAUUUAAUUCUUUAUUACGUAAUAAUAAAAAUAAAUAAACUUUUUCGUACAUAGUCUGAACUUUCUAAUUGGAAGAAUAUAUCCUGAGUUCACCAUGAAAUUGUCACCAUGAAAAAAAUAAAUAAAUUAUGUAUUGUAUUAUCGUGUAAAUGUGUGUGGGUAAAUUUAUACAAAAGCUAUAAACGAAGGGCACCAUUUUACUUCUUUGCUUUUUUUGAAUAACCAAUUUUAUAAAGCAAAAUGCAAUCGAACCAAACAAAUGGGAAUCUAUAAUAAAUUUCACAAAAAAGCUAAUUUUAUUGUUCUUAAGAAAUUUAUAAUGUAUAAAAAAACAGAUAAAGUUGUACAAUAAUUAAAA